CUCAGUCAGUCGUCGACUCUCUGCACGUGCGUUUGGAUAGCUAUAGCCAUAGCUCCUCAUCGGAAUCGGAAUCGGAAUAGGAAUCGGUAUAGGAAUCGGUAGUCGGAUCAGCUGCCACGUUUUGAACUCGAAGAAGAAAGCACUGGCCACGAUCGUUUAUUUUCGGUGCUGGAUGUUUAUUUUCGAAAACGGGCCCCUUUUAGAGGCAAGUGUUGAAGUGCUCAAGUAUCUAAGAGAGGUACCACAAGUAUCUGAAAGAUUAAAACGUGUAAAAGUAUCUGCAGCGUACAAUAGAAUCUGAACGAUUGAGUAUCUGCAAGGCUGUAACACAAUCAAGUAUCCGAAACAUACUAAAGUAACAAAGUAUCUGUCAGAUACAAAGCACAGUUUCUGCAUCUGCAGCCCCCCCCACACAGUAAACCCAUCCCAAACUGCUGCUCAUCGUACUGGAACACAAUUAAUUGGCUCGAGAAAGCGUUUUGCAGUGCAAGAAAGCGAAACAUCGUCUAAAAGGCAUUUUGUGUAUGCCAUAAGCCUUCUUGCAUCCCAAGUGUGUGUGUGAAAGCCAAUCAAGUGGCCUUCUGUACAAAACCAAUUUGUUGUUUCGGUGCAAAAGUGCUUUUUGGGGGAAACUUUCGGUGGGUGGCUUGUGGCUCCCCUUUGGAUAUCAGCCGCAUACCAAGUACUCCCCACUUCAUGCUCAUGGAUUCCAAGCCCAAGCCGGCGCUGAUAAUGAAAUGAUUAUUUGUCAUAGACAUAAGUGAGCUUUGUUUUCGCUAUUCCACAUUACGUUGCCGUAUCUCACUGGUGCGGGUAAAUGUUUACCACAGUGAACUAGUGCGUGUUGCAGUGAGAAGUGCAUUAAUUACUGCAUAUUCGGAGUUCAUCGAAAAAGCGUAUCAAUUAUCAAUCAAUUACCUGCCAGUUGGAUAUUCAUUUUGUGCGUUCCGACAGCUUUAAGCGCUGCCACUGCGAGUGCCACUUUAAUCGUCAGCAACGGAUGUCCUGAUUUCUCGACGAAAGGAUACCCAUACCCAUACCCAUACCCAUACCCAUAGACAUACAUACACAAUUAGCCACAGUGGAUGGGUGUGAAAGUUGCGACCCGCACACGGAAACCGCAUAAGCACUUGGCGAAAUCUUCCCGGGGCGAGGAACCCAAAAAGCACCGGGCAGGCAAACAAAAACAGAAACCGAAACAGAAACAGAAGCAGAAACACACGCACCAAUGUCGGACACAAUCUCCUUUGAGUUGGGCUCAGCCGCCGACCGGCCUCCCAACAGGUUUCAAGUGAACCCGGUCAACGGCAACAGUCGCAAGUCGCAGGGAGCGGACGGCCCAGGAUCCGGAUCCGGAUCAGGGACUGGCGCAGGAGCAGGAACAGGAGGAGCUGGUGAGGAUGGGCCGCACGAGGUCUACCGCCGACUCACAAACGCCGAGGGCGAGCUGCUCGAGGACGACACAUUCGACGCGACACAAAUGCUCAACCAACGGCAGCCCAGGCAGCAGAGGCAAUCAAUCAAAAGCAGUUUCCGCGACAAGGAUAAACCGUCCAGGUUCAAGGAUCUGCAGACGACGACCCGCUUCCAGGUGGACCCCCAAAAUGAGGAGUCCGACGAUUCCAAUGACUCGCAGGAGGAGCGCGAGCUGCUGGACAACGAGUACGACACAAAAUAUGGUAAAAGUUUCCGGCACUUCACCAGAGAGGCGUUACCCCGCCUGGACAACUACCGCAACAUGAUGUCCAUCCAGGCGGCCUACCGUCCAACGCUCGACGAGCUGCACAACGCCACGCUGGUGGGCAAGAACACGCACAGCUUGACACGUAAUCAGGACCCGGAGUCGGGCAUCCUGAAUGGGGUCCUGAAAUUCGGCUGGAUCAAAGGUGUGCUCGUCCGCUGCCUGCUGAACAUCUGGGGCGUGAUGCUGUUCCUCCGGCUCAGCUGGGUGGUGGGUCAGGCGGGCGUCAUCGAGGGAUUCGUAUUAAUUCUGACAACGACUGCUGUCACGACCAUCACGGCCUUGUCGAUGUCGGCGAUAAGCACUAAUGGUGUCAUCAAAGGGGGUGGCACAUACUACAUGAUAUCCCGCUCCCUGGGGCCGGAAUUCGGCGGAUCCAUCGGCCUGAUUUUCUCCCUGGCAAACGCGGUGGCGUGUGCCAUGUAUGUGGUCGGCUUCUGCGAGUCCAUGUUGGCCAUGAUGACGACCUUUGGUUGGGAAAUCGUAGACGGUGGCGUUCAGGACGUGCGCAUCAUCGGUUGCAUUACCAUCCUGCUGCUCCUGAUCAUCGUCGUCGUCGGCAUGGAGUGGGAGGCCAAGGCGCAAAUCGGACUACUUGUCAUCCUGCUGGUCGCCAUUGGGGACUUUGUUAUUGGCAGCUUCAUUGGACCGAAGAGCGAUGCGGAACUGGCCAAGGGAUUUUUGGGCUAUAAUGCUACCUUGUUUAAGAAUAACCUCUUUGCGGACUAUCGCCCGGAAAAGGGAGGCAUUAAACACGAUUUUUUCUCAGUGUUUGCUAUAUUCUUCCCCGCCGCAACGGGCAUUUUAGCUGGAGCCAAUAUCUCGGGUGACCUGAAGGAUCCCCAAAAAUCCAUUCCGAAAGGCACGAUUCUAGCCAUUGUCAUCACCACCGGAACCUAUCUGAUUAUGGUGCUCCAGUGUGGAGCCACCGUGGCUCGUGAUGCCACCGGAAAUCUUACAGAUGUGGUCAACGGCUCCUUUGCAUUCCUCCACUGUCAGCCUGGUGAAUGCAAUUACGGCCUGCAAAACUCAUUUCAAGUAAUUGAGUUGGUCUCCGGCUUUGGUCCUCUGAUUUACGCCGGUUGCUAUGCUGCCACGUUAUCCUCGGCAUUGGCCAGCUUGGUGUCUGCUCCCAAGGUUUUCCAGGCCUUGUGCAAGGAUGAGCUGUAUCCGAAGAUUGUGUGGUUUGCCAAGGGAUAUGGCAAGAACAAUGAGCCAGUUCGUGGCUAUGUGUUAACUUUUGUCAUUGCCUGUGCCUUCAUAUUGAUUGGCGAACUCAACCUGAUUGCCCCGCUCAUAUCGAACUUCUUCCUGGCCGCCUACAUGCUGAUCAACUUCAGUACCUUCCAUGCCAGUCUGGCCAAGCCAGUGGGCUGGCGACCGACCUUCAAGUAUUACAAUAUGUGGCUGAGCCUGUUGGGCGCCAUUCUGUGUGUGGCCGUCAUGUUCCUCAUCUCGUGGGCCACCGCACUCAUCACCUUUGCCGCCGUGCUGGCUCUGUACUUAAUUGUGGCCUACCGGAAGCCGGAUGUCAACUGGGGCUCCACCACCCAGGCGCAGACGUACAAGAACGCCCUGAUGUCGGUGCAGCAGCUGAACAACGUGGAGGAGCACGUGAAGAACUACCGGCCACAGAUCCUGGUUCUUUCCGGUCUGCCCAACACUCGUCCGGUGCUCGUCGACUUGGCCUACAUGCUCACCAAGAAUCUAUCCCUGCUCGUCUGUGGUCACGUUCUGAAGGGUUCCAGCUCCCAGAAGUACCGCACUUAUCUGCAGGAAAGGGCGGCCAAUUGGUUCCGGAAGCAUCGCGUUAAGGGCUUCUAUGGCCUCGUGGAUGGCGAGGACUUUGAGUCGGGCACUCGAGCUCUGAUGCAGGCCACUGGAAUUGGUAAACUUAAGCCGAACAUCAUCCUGAUGGGCUACAAGACUGACUGGCAGACGUGCGAUCACAAGGAGCUGGAUCAGUACUUCAAUGUGAUGCACAAGGCACUGGACAUGUACCUCUCCGUGGCCAUUUUGCGUGUGCCUCAGGGUCUGGACUGCUCCCAAGUGCUAGGUUCCCAGGAUGGCUGGAAGACCGUUUCGGAUGUGCCCAGAACUCUGCAGCCGAAUGAGAGUUCCGGGGAUCUGCAGGCGGUGGACAGUAGUGCCAGGAAUGGGUUGGGUGGCAGCAUUGACUCGCUCAGCAGAAAUGUGUCGCAAGAAGACCGAAACCGAAACCAGUUGGUCCACAGCGAGCAGAACAGCCUGAAGAUAGUCAAAUUGCGAUUCAAGCAGGGACUGCGGAGAAUGCGCUCGUGGCCAGGUGCAGCCUCCAGCACGAGCGACCUGUCCUUCAUUGCGGGCAAUCAAUCGAAGGAUGUUUCCGGCAUGCCGGAUCCCCUGGACGCUAAGUCAGCCAAUCUUGUGAACAAUUCGUUGCGCAAGUCAAAGCUGAAGCACGACGAUCCGGCUUCCCUCUACAAGGGUCCUGGUGGCGCCGAGCUGCCCAAAGAGGUCCUGGCGGACCUCACCCAAUUCACCAGAAAACGCAGCCACGCAGUCAUCGAUGUCUGGUGGCUAUACGACGAUGGAGGACUCACGCUCCUGCUGCCCUACAUCAUCAGUACCCGGCGCACCUGGCAGUCCUGCAAAUUGAGAGUUUACGCUCUGGCUAACAAGAAUUCGGAGCUGGAAUUCGAGCAGCGCUCAAUGGCCAGUUUGCUGUCAAAGUUCCGGAUCGAUUACUCGGAUUUGACGCUGAUUCCGGAUAUAACGAAGAAGCCACAGGAGACAUCCACGCAGUUCUUCAAUGAGCUGAUUAAGGACUUUGUUGUCACCGAAAAGGAGGGCGAGAAUGGCACCAGCAGCAGGGCGACUCUCAAUGAGGACGAUGCCGUCAUAACCGAUGACGACCUGCUGGCGGUGCAGGACAAGACGAAUCGCUACCUCCGCCUGCGGGAGUACCUGCGGGAGCAGUCGACCAAGUCGGACCUGGUGGUGAUGACUCUGCCGAUGCCCCGCAAGAACAUCGUCUCCGCACCACUCUACAUGGCCUGGCUGGAGAGUCUGAGUCGGGAUAUGCCGCCCUUCCUCUUCGUGCGCGGCAACCAGACGAGUGUGCUGACCUUCUACUCGUAGAAGCGGAUCGGAUCGGAGCGGAUCUAUUGUAUUCUACUUACACCUACCGACACCCAAACUCACCGUUAUCGUUAGGCGAACGAGUAUUUUAUCUCUUAGACGUACCACCCAUGUACAUACAUUUAGGGUAACCCCACAGAACGCACAGAGGCACUGGCAUCAGCAGAGGGAUCUGGAUCGGGAUCGGUAUCGGGAUUGGGAGUAGUCCGAUGGUCCACCACAGAUGGGUCAUGCUAUUUGAUGGAUGAACUGCCCUUACCGGUCCAUCUCUGCGUCGUCAAUAUAAAUAUUGUCCUAGAAAUCGAGUUUAAAUCAUCUUUAAAUGCAGUGCUAAUCAUUUUUAAAA